AUGAGUGAACUCGAUUUUAGGUCUCUUUCGAACCAAGUGAUCUCGGGUACGGGUAUGAUGCACCAUCAGACCAAGCUCGAUGUGUUUAUCAUCAGGGCUUACAAGUUACUCUCGAGCGGGUCGAUUAUAAACAGCAAUACUCUACAAAGCGUGACGAACUCGCCGCAGACGACAUCGGCUACACCCGCGGGAUCGUCAGCCACAAACGUCAGCAGUAGCGUGUCAAGCCAGAACGGCGGCAGCGGGAAUAACAACGUGAAUACAACCAACGGAAUGGGACCCAAUAACAGCAUUCGAUACCAGUAUUCGCAGCUGUUUGGCAAGAUAUCGAAGCUGUACAAUGCGACCAUCUCGACGGGGGCGAUCGACGACCGAUCGACGUCGCCGAAGUCGGCCAUAGAGCUGUAUCAGCGAUUUCAGCAGAUCAUAAAAGAGCUGGAACUGAGCUACGAAGUGAGCCCCUACAGCAGAUAUUUUCAGAGGCUCGAUCAGGGCCUGUGGCAGAUAAGAGACGAUGUAGAACUGAAGUCCGAUAGACUUUGGGAUUUGGUAUCGGCAAGCAUUUUCUCUACGUACGAUCCCAGAACCGGCCAAAUUAUCACUCAGGGACGCAGGAAAACAGGUGGCUCUCUGGCGGCCUCUACCAAAGGCUCACCGACAGAGCUGCUGAAUAACACCGGCAAUAACAGCAGCACGAUAAAUAAACCACAGGCCAACAUGGCCGCGCGCAAUGAGACAGUCAAUCCAACACUAAACAGCAUGAUGAUGGACGCGUCCCUACCGCAGCAGCUGCAAAGAAGGCUCCAGACCAUAUCCCAGGACAUAAACUCAAGGUCGUUGAACGGCUACUAUACACAACCAACAAGUCCCGGUCAAGGCGGCGGAUACGGAUUUGGUCUUGAUAAUGACGCAACCCUGUACAACCCGAGUACGUUCAGUAACACAAACGCGGGGACUUCCUGGAAGAGGAGGUCUUUGGGAUCACUGGCAGAGAAUGCCCUCGACGAUGAGGCAGUUGAAGAACUGCUGCAACUCACCAAUACCACGAAGCGGCAAAGAACAGAGACUCCGGUGAACUUACACAACGCGGCAACGACCGGAGCCGUUGCCAACGCAGCAAAUAAUCUCAAAACAAGACAAACUAAUGAGCAUACUUCUGGGCCGAUUAUGAACUCGACUGCGACCAACGUCUCACGCAGCGCCACAACAAUACCCCCUACAAUGAAUGACUUCACAAAUUCAACGGCCACGAACAACACCAUGAACCCCGUUAACGAUAACUUAACUUUUAAUGACAGUAUGAACAAUGCAUUGGUUGCUGGUGAUACGCUGGUGCGACAGCUUAAGGACACCUACGAUACGCUAGUCUCGGAAAAGAAUCAGCGGAUCAUUCAACUCGAAAGAGAAGUGGAACUGCAAAGACAGGAAACUCAAUGGCUCCGCAAGAUGCUCAUAGAAGACAUGGGGUGCGUCAGGAGUCUUUUGAAGGAUCUUAGAAGGUAA